CUAAACAAAUAAAGUUUUGAAUUAAAAAGCACAUUUAUUUCGCAUAAUGCGAUCUCUAAUGUCACGUGACAUACAUAAGAAACAGCCCCAAAUUUUCUUCUUCUUCAACCACUUGCUGAACCCAAAUUUUCCCCGUGUUUCUCACCCGCCAAACAGCACUGAAAAAAAAAAUUAGAAAAAAGAUUGUAAAAUGAGAAAAGGAGGGCCAAGAAGGGAAGGGAACUACACAAAUCCAUGUUUGACGAUGCACCAGCCAUGGGCUUCAUUGUUAGUUCAUGGGAUCAAACGUAUUGAAGGCAGGUCCUGGCCUGCUCCAAUCAGAGGCCGCCUUUGGAUACAUGCUGCCAGUAAAGUCCCAGAUGAAGCUACAAUUAAAGCAAUGGAGGAUUUCUAUAGGGAAAUUUAUGCAGUGAAUGGAAUUACUGAUCUUAAGUUUCCAGAACAUUACCCUGUUUCGAGACUGCUAGGUUGUGUUGAAGUGGUUGGCUGUUUGAGAUGUGAAGAAUUAGCUCAAUGGGAGGUGCUACCUGAAGGGGUUAGGCUAGAAGGACAAACAGAUUUUUGCUGGCUUUGUGAACAACCAAAGAAAUUAUUAAUCCCAUUUGAGAUGCGAGGGUUCCAACGUGUUUAUAAUUUGGAAAAGAAGAUAUAUGAGGCUGCUGUUAGAGGUCUUGUCCCAGUUGAAGGUCCAGCACCAGUAAAAUUUCCACUACCAAAUCCGAGAGAUACUUUUUCCUUGAAGCCAGGAUCCAUUUCUGUGUCCUGUCCUGAUUCAAAAGCAUCUGCUGUUGAGCAAUCAUCUAGUCUCAGUGCAGCGAUAGCUGGGGCACGAGCAGCAGCUACGCAGUUUUCAAAGGACUCAAAUCUUCAUAAAAGUACCAUCCAGAGGAGUACACCUGAAUCAACAUCAAGUGAAGUACAGACAAUACUUGUAGAAGACAAUGGAAUGCCUGAUAGUAACUUAAAUGAAGAAUCUGUAAAGGCAAAUUCAGCCUCAAAUCCAUGCGGCUACUUUGAGGAAGAGAGAAGCUGUAGUCACAAUCAAUCUCCUGCACAUCUGAAACAGCAUCCUGGUGCCCCUUCUAAGGUUGGCAGUUUAUUUUACUUUGAUAUAAAUGUUGGCCUUCUACUCCAUUGCAUGAUUAUAGUCCAUGAUAUGGUUGUCCCGUCCUACCCAUUAACUGUAUAA